GCAACGAGAGAGAGACCAGCUCUCACACCAAGUUAAGCACUGUUCUCUCAAUCCCAGUUGAGAGAACAUCAUGGGUUCUUCUUCAAGAACUCACCAUCAACUAGGUCUUGCCUUCCUCUUCUUUGCUUCACUUACAUACCUGUCUCUGUCACAUACUUCUCUCCCCAGUGAGUAUUCGAUCAUCGGCCAAGGACAGGACCAAAACGACGCCAUUUCGGACGAACGGGUCGUCGAGCUCUUCCAGAGAUGGAAGGCGAAGCACAAGAAGGUGUACAAGCACGCGGAGGAGGCCGAGAAGCGGCUCGAGAACUUCAAGAGGAACUUGAGAUACGUAGUGGAGAGAAAUAGGGAGGGCAAGAGGUCAGGCGAUGACAAGAGGCAUGGCGUGGGGCUGAACAAGUUUGCUGACCUGAGCAACGAGGAGUUCAAGCAGCUUUACUUGUCCAAGGUGAAGAAGUCGGUCAACCAAAAGUGGAGGACCAAAAGAGAGAGCUUGAGGAGGAGCAAGAGGAAGGGAGUGGAGUCUUGCGAGGCACCAUCUUCUUUGGAUUGGAGGAACUAUGGCAUUGUCACUGGUGUGAAAGACCAAGGAGAAUGCGGAAGUUGCUGGGCAUUCUCUUCCACCGGAGCCAUGGAAGGAAUCAAUGCACUCAAAACCGGGGACCUGAUCAGCCUUUCGGAGCAAGAGCUCGUGGACUGCGACACCACCAAUGAUGGAUGCGAUGGCGGCUACAUGGACUACGCCUUCGAAUGGGUCAUCAACAACGGCGGCAUCGCUUCAGAAGAAGACUAUCCCUACACCAGCAUCAACGGCGUGGGAGGUGUCUGCAACGUCACCGAGGAGGAGUAUGACAAAGCGGUGAGCAUUGACGGGUAUGUGGACGUGUAUCCGUCGGACAGUGCUCUUCUCUGCUCCGUUGUUCAACAGCCGAUUAGCGUCGGCAUGGACGGCUCCGCAUUAGAUUUUCAGCUCUACACUUCAGGCAUCUACGAUGGUAGCUGUUCCGACAAUCCUGAUGACAUCGACCACGCGGUCCUAAUAGUUGGUUAUGGCUCCGAAAGUGGCGAAGAUUAUUGGAUUGUGAAGAACUCCUGGGGAACAGAUUGGGGCGCGGAAGGAUACUUCCUGAUACGAAGAAACACCGACCUGCCGUACGGUGUAUGUGCCAUUAACGCGAUGGCUUCUUACCCAACCAAAGAGUCUUCUGCACCGUCUCCCCAUCCAUCUCCAGUCGUUCCGCCACCCCCACCUCCCCCGCCAUUAACUCCCCCACCACCGCCCCCGCCAUCGCCGCCGCCACCGUCUCCUUCCCCCAGCGAAUGCGGAGACUUCUCAUAUUGCCCAAGCGACGAGACGUGCUGUUGCCUCUUUGAGUUCCAUGAUCUCUGCCUAAUUUACGGCUGCUGUCCUUAUGAGAACGCGGUGUGCUGCACCGGGACCGACGAUUGCUGCCCAAGUGAUUAUCCGAUCUGUGAUGUUGAAGAGGGACUUUGUCUCAGGAAUGCUGGAGAUUACUUGGGAGUGGCCUCAAGGAAGCGAAAGAUGGCGAAGCACAAACUCCCAUGGACUCGGUUCGAAGAAAACAAGAACAAGAUUUACCAACCAUUGGCGUGGAAGAGGAACCGUCUCGCGGCAAUUCGCUGACCACUAGGGAAGCGCUGAUUGGGCCGAACAUCUCUCAGUCUUCGUACUAGUAAUCAUCGGCAAUCUCAUUUUACUCCCGUCGCUAGGCAUCGACCAAAACCCCGUAUCAGGCCCAUGUUCAUAUGUAUGAGUUCGAGCAUGUCCUGGGUUCAGGUCAAAGGUUAUUUUUCUUCACUGCAUCAUAUGUCUUAAGUACACUACUUGCAAUUACUGCUACUGGUUUGUUUCGUUUUUGCCUGAGUCGAUGCUCGAACAUCUCCGCGCCAUUCCGGAAUCCGAAUAUAAAGAGUAUAUAGUCAAAUGAUGUGUUUUCCAUCUU